GAAACAAAUCACUCCAUGGUGACUGAGUUCAUUUUUUUGGGACUGUCCGAUUCUCAGGAACUGCAGAUUUUCCUAUUUGUGUUCUUUUUUGUAUUCUAUAUAGGAAUUGUGUUUGGAAACCUUCUUAUUGUCACAACUGUAACUUCUGACUCCCACCUGCACUCACCCAUGUACUUCCUGCUCGCUAACCUCUCACUCGUUGAUCUGUGUCUGUCCUCAGUUACAGCCCCUAAGAUGAUUGCGGACUUUUUCCGUAAACGCAAAGUUAUCUCUUAUAAGGGCUGCCUUACUCAAAUAUUUCUCCUUCAUUUAUUUGGUGGGACUGAGUUGGUGAUCCUUAUAGCCAUGGCCUUUGACAGAUAUAUAGCAAUCUGUAAACCCCUUCGCUACACUACAAUUAUGCGAGGCAAUGUAUGUAUUGGCAUUGUGACAGCUGCAUGGGGGACUGGCUUCCUACACUCAGUGAGCCAGUUGGCCUUUGCAGUGAACUUACCCUUCUGUGGUCCCAAUGAAGUUGACAGCUUUUAUUGUGACCUUCCUAGGGUCAUCAAGCUUGCCUGCACAGACACAUACAGAUUGGAUAUCAUGGUCAUCGCUAACAGCGGUGUGCUCACUGUGUGUUCUUUUGCUCUCCUCAUUGUCUCCUACACUAUCAUCUUAGCGACCAUCCUGCAUCGCCCUUCAGACAGGUCUACUAAGGCUCUGUCCACUUUAUCUGCUCACAUCACAGUUGUUCUUUUGUUCUUUGGACCAUGUAUCUUCAUUUAUGCCUGGCCAUUCCCCAUCAAAUCAUUAGAUAAAUUUCUUGCUGUGUUUUAUUCUGUGGUCACUCCUCUCUUGAAUCCAAUAAUAUACACACUGAGGAACAAAGACAUGAAAAGUGCAAUGAAACGGCUGAGAAAAUGGAAUGUGAAUUCUAGGAUAAAAUCUUAG